AUGAAAACGAAACGACUUUGUUUCGCUUUCCUUCCCUACCCUUCCCCGGGAGUUUACGAAACUCGAAAGACUUCAUCCGUAGAUCCACGUCCUACGUCUAAGGUUCACGGGCACACACUGCAAUGUGGGUCUAUAGAUGAAAUUGGCCUGAUCCCAUGUCCUGAAGCUAGAUAUAAUCGGAGUCCCAUAGUCCUGGUUGAAAACAAACUUGGUGUGGAGAGCUGGUGUGUCAAGCUCCUUUUACCAUAUGUUCACAACAAGCUCCUUUUGUACAGAACAAGAAAGCAAUGGCUGAACAGAGAUGAAUUGAUAGAUGUCACAUGCACCCUGCUGCUUCUAAACCCAGACUUUACCACUGCAUGGAACGUGAGGAAAGAGCUGAUCCUUUCUGGCACUUUAAAUCCAAUUAAGGACUUACAUCUGGGAAAACUGGCCUUAACUAAGUUUCCAAAGAGUCCAGAAACAUGGAUUCACAGGCGAUGGGUGCUACAACAGUUAAUUCAGGAAACCUCCUUGCCUUCCUUUGUGACCAAAGGAAACUUGGGAACAAUUCCUGCAGAAAGGACACAGCGACUAAUACAAGAAGAAAUGGAGGUCUGUGGUGAAGCAGCAGGGAGAUACCCAAGCAACUAUAAUGCUUGGUCCCAUCGCAUCUGGGUUUUACAGCACUUGGCCAAGCUAGAUGUCAAGAUUCUUCUUGAUGAACUAUCUUCUACUAAACAUUGGGCAUCUAUGCACGUCUCAGACCACAGUGGAUUUCACUACCGCCAGUUUUUGCUAAAGUCUUUGAUUAGCCAGACUGUGAAGGACAGUUCUGUAUUGGAGCAAAACCCUUUGAGAAGUGAGCCAGCCCUAGUUCUUCCAAAAGAUGAAUCAGCAUCAGCUUUAGCGGAAGAAUCAAGGAUAAAUCUUCCCCAUCUUCUAGAAGAAGAAGUUGAAUUCAGCACUGAUCUUAUUGGUUCCUACCCAGGACAUGAAACUCUUUGGUGUCAUAGGCGGCAUGUUUUCUAUCUUCAGCAUCACUUAAAUGCAGGCCCCCAACUGUCUCAGGCAAUGGAAGUGGAUGGACUGAAUGACACUAGCAAGCAAGGCUAUUCCCAGGAAACCAAACGCCUGAAGCGGACCCCAGCUCCGGAUUCCCUAGGCCUAGAAAUGGAGCACAAGUUCAUUGAUCAAGUAUUGUCCACUUGCCGGAAUGUAGAACAAGCCAGAUUUGCCAACGCGUACAGGAAAUGGCUGGUUACUUUGAGUCAAUGAAGGAGGUGGAUUAGUCCUAAAAGGUUCCCCUUUUAGUGCAAUAUUGCUUCCCUUUUUUACUGACAUAACUGCAUGAAUUGUUUACCAUUAUUAGCUAACCAUAUGUUCUUCAUCUUUAGGUUAGAAGUUCAUAGUAAAUAUUUCAUUUUAUUUAUUUUGUUAAUAACUGGCAUUCCUUUGGGGAUAAAGUAAUUGUAUUGUUCCUUCCUGCUAAACAAUGAGUC